AUGACUGGCCUCGGCCUCCUCGAUUACAAUAUCCGGUUAAUGAGGACCAUCGGACUCUGGCCUCUAGACAGGCCUUCGAGGCCACUUCUAGUGGUCAACUAUGUGUACACGACAUUACUGGUUGUCUCCCUGGUUGUAGUCUCCGUGUGUCAGAUAAUAGAGAUAUUUGUGUCACCUAACAUAACUUCCAUGGCCUCCGCCGUGGAUCUAGCCACUCUUACCGCAUCUGCACUGUUCAAGAUGGUCUACCUCAUAUACUACCGCCAACAUUUCCAGGAGCUAGUCGACAAAAUCAACUCUACGUUUGUAAAAACCGACUUUUUCUGUGGUCAGUUUGACAUAAAUGACUGGAUAAAGAACUCCAAAAAGAUAAUCAGAGAUAUCGACUCUCUCCUUCGCUCGAUGGUGAUUGUAGACUUUGGACACGCUGUAAUAUCAUUGUCCUUCGCGAUGCUGCAGACUAUUACAUCAAACACUCUUUUUGAAUGGUUCCAAAUGUGUAUUUUCAUCGGAGUCUGCAUUCUGCACCAGUUCUUAAAUAACUACUUCGGAGAAAUCCUCAGUCAGCAGCAGCUGAGCGUAUCGGACGCGGUGUACGAGAUACCGUGGGUUGAAGGUUCAGAUCUACAGAAGAUGGCGGUGUACAUGACACUAAACCAGGCCAAUCACCCGACCAGACUCAGCGGCUGGAGAAUGUACCACCUGAAACUGAGCACAUUCGUGGAGUUUAUGAAGCUACUUGCCUCUUACUUUCUCGUUCUUCAGUCGUUGCAUGCGGACGAAAGCAGAAAAGAAAGAUAA